AAAGCUUCUUCACAAACCACAGCCUCAAAGCUGACGGUAAACCAGCGAACAUUGAAGCAACUCUGAUGGGAAGAGUGAAGGAGAAGGAAGAGACGCAGAUCGUUCCUGGAUGCCCUACCGAGUACGUAGUUAGGACUACGAGCAACUCAAGUUAUUAAGUCACCGCUCUGUUCGCCGAGACAUGCCCUCGACACCAUCACCAUGAUGCCCCCCCAACAAACAUCAACGUUUACUGCUAAUCGGUUGCAAAUAUGUACCUACUUGCUCGGGGUCUGCCCCUUCUCUAUUGCAUUUCUAGUUUUCCUCAAUUCAUCCGUUUCCUUCGUGGUCACGGAACUACUUGGCCUGGCUGAGGGAGAGGGCGAUGCUGUCGGUACUCUGGGUUUCGCAGACGAGCUUCUCGCUUUAGUUGGCUGUCCCCUCUGGGGAGUACUUUCAGAUCAUAUUGGAGUUCGUAAUGUUUGCGUGGCUGGAUAUGGAAUCAUCGCUAUCGCGCUGAUCUUAUUUGUUCAGGCGACGAACGUUUAUCCCCAGCUUCUCCUAGGGCGUUUGCUCUUCAGUCUUGGAGGUGCGGCGGUGUCGACCAUGGUCACGGCUGUUCUUCCAGCCGUAGCAGGGUCUUCAUCACGGCUGCGGUCUGUUGCUUUGAAUCGUGCCGCGGAAAAAACACCGUCUUCCAAGCUAGCUGGAUAUGUUGGAAUGUGCGCUGGAAGCGGCGCACUAGUUGCCCUCGUUGUCUUCCUGCCCCUACCAUCUCGACUUCAGCAGUGGGGAAUGUCACCUCCAGAGUCUAUUCGAUACAGCUAUUAUAUCGUUGCGCUUGUGUCUCUGUUGAUUGCUGUCUUCUGUUCCAUAGGGCUGAGGAACCUUCCCGGCGAGAACAAGAAAGCCUGGAGCUCCCUAUGGGCCCGGGGUUCCCAUGGAAGGCUGGAGGUCUCCGGUGCAGAUGAAGAGCAAAGCACCGAUUAUAGCAAACUAUGCUUGCCUUAUUUUCAUCAGCUUGGCGUUGCACUCAUGAUAGGGUUCCGCAACAGUGACAUCUUCCUUGGUUAUUUGGGCGGCUUUGUGGCUCGGGCCUCAUCAGUCGGAAUCUCGCUAUUCAUUCCCCUAGCGGUCAACCACUACUACCGGCAUUCAGGUCUAUGCCAAGAUAACGAUGGAAACAAAGUUGGCUCCGACGCUGUCAAGCAAUCAUGCCGCAAGGCUUAUGUGUUGGCCUCAAUCCUUACCGGAGUUUCCCAGCUUAUUGCAUUGCUGGCAGCGCCAGUCUUUGGAUACAUGUCAGAGCGGUCACAACGAUAUCCCAUUCCCUUAUUAGGAGCAUGUAUGGCAGGCGUGGUCGGCUAUAUCACAUUUGCACUGCUGCCCAGUCCAGAUUUUAAAGGGGCCGACGGCAGUGCUGGCAUUUUCGUUGUGAUGGGGCUAGUUGGACUCGGUCAGAUUGGGGCCAUUGUUUGCAGCUUGUCCGUCCUCAGCAACGGCGUACUACGUAUGGGAGCUCAGUGCUCGGUAGGGAAUGAGUUUGACUCGUCGCCAUCCACUCUCUAUUGUGAGGAGGCCGACGACGACCGACUGUCGGCCGAUGGGACUGGAGGCAACCAGGAGGAACAGGCACUAUUGUCUUCGGCUCCGAAUCGAACACAGCAACCCCUGGCGCACCUGAAAGGUUCUAUUGCUGGGGUAUAUUCCCUGUACGGCGGCGCAGGCAUUUUGGUCCUGACCAAGGUCGGAGGGUUGCUAUUCGAUGUCCUUUCAUCGGGGGCUCCGUUUUACAUCCUGGCAAGCUUCAAUGGAGUAUUGCUCUUAGCGGGAAUAGCCUGUGGAGUCAUUAGACACUCAAAGACCCGCUACUGCUAGGCUCUGGCCAGCAGCUAUGAUGGCUGGCUAUAGUGGAUGGCUCGUGGUAGAUUGGCGGUGAUGGCGGCGCCAUGGCGAUGCUCUAGAUGGAGCUUAGGUUGGUGAAAGUAUGGGGCUGCGACGAUCUUAUUCUCUCUUUUCUGUCUGUUCGGUGGAGCUGAAGUCGUGGAGAAACCGAUACCCAGCAGUGCCGCUGCCAGCGACCUACAGGCCCUGUUUUUAAUUAGGAGUUGGGAGGACUCUCUUUGUUUACUAUGGAUACUUCGAAGAAUUGAUUGAUUCUGACCCUCUAGUGCUUAUUGGCAAACCACCAACCUGCAAACAUGAAGGCUGAGCGCCUU